CGCUCCUUUCCUCAGCAGCAGCAGCAGCAGCAGCUAGCUCCCGGUACCGCUGACGGUUUAUUCACGCUUCUGCCCGGUUCUGGAGCGGUGUCAUAGAGUUCUGGGAGAUGCCGGACAUCGGAACCUGUCCCGGCUGUCUGUAGGCGGACUCUCAGCUCGGCAGGAAGCUCGGUUCUGUUUGGGUUUGUUUUUGUUAGCCUGAUCAGCUAACCGACGGUUUUAAUCGAUCGAAGCUGAACCGAACCGAACCGAACCGAACCUCGCUUGAAUGGACCGAGGCGCUCCGAAGCAAAAGUACACGAUGAGCUAACUUUGUUUAAGAAACGGACCCGAACACCAGAACGAGUCCCUGGUCUCCCAUAUGAUCACCAUGGAGCCCAGCCUCCAACCGAGCCUGCAGCCGAACCUCCAGGAGAACUCCUACAAGAUGACGGAGGAGGACGUGAAGAGGCUGAUCCAGUUCCGGGCCUCCAACGAGGCUCUGUUCACUGGGAAGAGGAACUCUGCUAAGAUCGCCUGGAGCACCAUCCUGAAGGGGCUGGGUCUGGAGGGGAAGCUGACGGCCGACCAGAUUGCCAAGAAAUGGGACAACCUGCGCACCAAAUAUAAGGACCUGAAGCAGCCCUACCAGGGUCAGGAGCACCUUGGUGCCGUGGUGGAGUCCUGGCCCUGGUUCCACAUCAUGGACGAAGCGAUGCAGGGCCGCCUGUUCAACAGCAGCCUGGUUCUGAGUCCGGACACGGCCGGCAACGCAGCCCACCACCCCGACUGUCAGCCCUGCCACAACCAGGAGAACACGGACAUCCUGGAGUUCCUCAUCAAGACGGAGAUGGACGAGACGGUGACGGGCGAGCCCAUGGAGGAAGACCAGCCGUGCCACAACGAGGCGCCGCCCGCCGGAGGCAUGCCGAUGGGAUGGAGGAGGAUGACCGAGUGCACGUACAAAAUGACCGAGGCAGAGACGGAGAGGAUGAUCAAACUCCGAGCUGCGAACGAGGCGCUGUUCACGGGCCGGAAGCACUCAGCCAAGCCCGCCUGGAGAGCCAUCCUGUAUGAGCUCGGGCUUCAGGGGAGGCUGACCACAGAACAGCUGGCCAAGAAGUGGGACAACUUGAAGAGGAGGUAUAAGGAGCUGAAGUUUCCGUCCCGCGGGGUGGAAACCAACCCCAGCUCCUGGCCCUGGUUCUACCGGAUGAACGAAGCCAUGGAGGGCCGCCUGGCCAACGCCGCGCCCAUCCUCGCCCCCAUCGUGGAGGACGGAGACGAGGAGUGCGAGCUUCUCCUGCCGACGCCAAAAAAACGGGCCAGGCGGAGCCGCGGAGGGAUGGCCGAGUUCCUGACAGAGUCCGAGAUGGAUCUGUUGGUGGAUACCGAAGAGAAGAACGGCUCGUCCGCCCUGGCAGAUCUGCACCGGAUCACCGAGUUCACCUACAAACUGACAGAGGAAGACACCAGGCGGCUGAUUGAGCUGCGAGCUGCUAAUGAGGCGCUGUUCACCGGCAGGAGGCACACAGCCAAACCCGCCUGGAGGGGAAUUGUGAAGGAAAUGGGUCUGACUGGGAAGAUUACACCAGACCAGGUGGCCAAGAAGUGGGACAACCUGAAGACUAAAUUUAAGGACCUCAAGUUUCCUCCUCGGGGCAUGGAGGCGCAGACCAACCUGGCCUCCUGGCCCUGGUUCCAGCUGAUGAGCGACGCUCUGGAGGGACGGCUGACGGGCAAAGCUCCCACGGUGACGCCGGUGUGGACCAGCGAGGAGGACGGCGUCUUCGGGGCGUCUCCGCCCCCCGACAGAGACUGCCUGAUGGGGGAGAGGAGCAGCGUGUCGGAGCUGGAGAGCAUGGCGGGAGGAGACCACAGCGAGGCUGACGGCACCGUCACGUACAUCGACGCCAGCGGGGAGGAGUGUGCCACGCCCUCAGAGCUCUCCUAUAAAAUGAGCGAUCAGGACACCAGGAGGAUGAUCAAACUCCGAGCUUCCAACGAGGUUCUCUUCACCGGGAGGAGGAACGCUGCCAAAGCUGCCUGGAGAGCCAUCCUGAAGGAGCUCGGCCUGCAGGGAAAAGUCUCCACCUACCAGAUGGCCAAGAAGUGGGACAACCUGAAGAGGAGGUACAAGGACCUAAAGUAUCCUCCCGUUGGGAUGGAGAGUGCAGCGGAUGGCGCCUCCUCCUGGCCGUGGUUCCAUCUAAUGAAUGACGCCAUGGAGGGCCGUCUGACGGGCAGCGCCCCCAUCCUCACGCCCAUUACCCAGGAUGACGAUCAGCACCCGGACCCCGCCCCCAGACGCAGGCUCCGCCUUCCCCCUCCCCAGCAGCCUUCCUCCUCCACGGACUUUGAGGAGCCGUGCGGGGGCACGCUGGGGGGCCUGGAGCGGGAGUGGGAGGCGGUGGAGCGUGAGCGAGCGGCGCUGGAGAGGGAGCGGGAGAUGGUGGAGGGGGACCGGGCGGCUCUGGAACGGGAGCGGGCGGCGCUGCAGGCGGAGCGGCUGUGGUUGGACCGGGAACGGGCGGCCGUGGAGCAGGACCGGGCUCUGAUGGAGCAGGAGAGGGCGGCGCUGGACCAGAGGGCCCUGAUGAUGAACUCUGUGGGACACCCGGGACACCUGAACAGCCUCAUGUAGGCGGGACGCUGUGGGGACGUGGACCGUCCUGGAGAGACGUCCCGCUGACGGAUGAGACGAAGACGUGCUGUGGUUCCGGACUGGAGCUGCUGGGGGGGGGGGAAGGCUGGUCCUGACUCUGGUUGAGGUCCUGGUUCCACAGGUCCAACCCGGUGCUCCCUGUGAACUUAUUGCCAAACCCGCUGGUUUGUCAAAUUAUUAUCAACCUCUUGUUUAGGUUCAUCAUCUCUCUGAAGGCUCGGGUCACACAGACUCAAAAACAAAACGUUUUUAUCACGUUUUUUUUUGUUUGUGAAAGUUCUGAGAGUCGGUGGUAAAAACCUGCCUAACAGGUGGAACAACGCCCCCUUCAGGUGAACUCUGGAACUUAUCAAGAGCAGCUGUUUGAGUCCAUCACUGGUAAAAAAAAAAAAAAGACUAAUGUUCAGAUUAGUUUUAUUUUUAUAAUCUUUGACAUUUUGCUGUGUAAUUUAUCGCCUGAGGAGAACAAUAAGAAGAACCAGCGCCUCCUGCUGCUGGAUCUGACAAUUCAAAAACUGUUUUUUUUUAUACUCUUAAUGUAAAAACUUUUUUUUUUUUUUUUUUUUGUCCCCAUGUCUGUCUCUGUUCAUCUGUAACGGUUCAGUGGAGGAUUUAAGCUCGGAGUCUUAAACUGUUUUAUAAAGAGAUCAAAUCAUC